AUGCAGGGCACUCAGUCACAAGGGAGCGUGGCACAGUCUUUUAGGACAAACCCUCGUUGUGGUAAUUGUGGGAGGAAUCAUCCAAGGAGGUGCUUUUUCGAUGGUAAAAUAUUCUAUUCAUGUGGUAGGCCGGGACAUAUUCAGAGAGACUGUCCCGCAAAAAAGAAUGUUGGAGGUACUAGUUCCCAAGCAAAUUCUGCAGCACCACCACCCAAAGGUCCUACUUCAGCUACUGGGAGUGGUAGCAACAGGUUGUACGCUAUGUCCAAUCGCCAGGAGGCAGAAGCCUCACCAGAUAUAGUCACCGAUAUAUUACAAAUCUUUUCUUGUGAUGUGUAUGUGUUGAUACUUCACAAGUUCAACGCAAUUGAUGCUAUCUUCCAAGCCACCUUGGAAGUUAAGAGGGAAUUACGGGAAAAACAGGGUGUCAACCUUAAAGAGAAAUCACCUUCGGGUUGGCACAAGGACAAGAAUAGCUCAUCCAAUGUGGAGCAACAAAAGACCAAGUCUGCCCAAGACGAGAACAAGGCUCACCAAAGGUACCCUCCGAGAAAUGAAGUUGUAGAAAAUAUAAGUCCAAGGAGCAUGCUUUAUGAUCUCAUGGGACCCUUGGUUGAACAUCCUAACCUUGGGAAGAGCAAUGAAGAUAUGAUGCAAAGAGGAGAGCUUGCCAGUGAUGAAUGUUUGAAUUUGAGGGCAAAUUCCUCUCAAGAUCGAGAGGAUGAUACAAGUGUGAAUAUGAAGAUCAACCUAUGUAAGAGUACAAAAAAGGAUCAUCCUAGGAAGUGGAAUUUUGAGACGUGA